UUGCAAGCUGUCCCCCACUCUUGAUUGUGUGAGGUCGUGGGUUCAACCGCCAACGUACGCCAGAGAGACUUUCGAUGUCGGCGACCUGCAAUCCAGAGCAGCCACUUCUUUCCCACAAUUGCCGGAAUAAUGAUGGCUCCAAGAGCCGGAUCAUCUUCUCGGGUCGGAUCCAUGCCCAGACACACAUCGGUUCACCGUAGCAAUGAAAUUCGAUAUUUUGCCCACUUCUGGCAUGGCGAGAAAAUGAACAUCUCCGAGUUUAGGCGUGGAGGAUACUCCACGUCUAGGUGGCGGGUAGCAUUUCUCCCAAUCGGUUCCGGGUGAUGAAUUGUCCUUUAAUACGAAGACACACUCAAGACUUACCAUAGUUGUAUACCACAAGGUACGAUUCGAGAAUUUCAACAGGAAACAUUACAACCUAGAACAAAAAUGCCUUCGAGAACUGGUGGCUUCAAGCCGCUUGAGGACACUGUCCUGUUCAAGCCGCUCCAAUUGGGUGCCAUCAACCUCCAACACAGAGUCAUGAUGGCCCCAUUGACGAGAAUGAGAGGUACCAAAGAGUCUGAGGGCGUCUUUGUCCCCGGAGACCUUGUCGUUGAAUACUACGGCCAGCGCGCAAGCAAAGGCGGUUUCAUAUUGACCGAAGCUUGCCCGAUAAGUCGUCAAGCUUGCGGUUACCCUGGUGUACCGGGCAUCUUCACCAAGGGUCAGAUUGCUGGCUGGAAACGCGUCACUGAGGCCAUUCACGCCAAAGGUGGCUUCAUCUUCUGCCAGCUAUGGCAUGUUGGUCGUGCGACUGUUCCGAGUUUCCUCGACGGAAAGCCUUGUGUCAGCGCUAGCAGCAUUCCCCUGAAAGGCAAGGCUUUGGACGGCUCCGACUACGAAUCAACCCCUCCUAAGGAAUUGACCGUUGAGGAGAUCCAAGAAAUCGUCCAGGAAUUUGCUGCUGCGGCCAAGCGAGCAAUGGAAGCUGGAUUUGAUGGCGUUGAGAUUCACGGUGCCAAUGGUUACCUGCUCGACCAAUUUCUGCACGACAAUGCCAACGUUCGAACGGAUUCAUACGGUGGCUCGGUUGAGAAACGCUCCCGCUUCCCGCUCGAAGUCAUCAAGGCUGUCACUGAGGCGGUCGGAUCAGACCGAGUUGGCAUCAGAUUGUCACCCUACAACUAUUUCCAGGACACCAAGGAUUCAAAUCCUAACGCGCACUGGGCAUACCUCUGCGAACAGAUCGCUGCGCUUCCAAAAGACAACCGCCUGACCUACGUCCACAUGGUCGAGCCCAGAUUCGACGAAGUCCUCGACGAGACCGCCAAGCUCCUGGCGCUGCAGCAACCAGUGGUUGAAACGUCGUCGGCUGCAAGAGCCACCGAGGGCAAGCCUUCUUUGGUUCCUUUCCGACGAAUCCUCGAGAAGGGUGACAUCAAGUUCGUGGCAGCAGGCAGCUUCGACGCCGAAAAUGCUCUUCCCAAGGUCGAGUCAGGCGAGGCGGAUGCUAUCAUCUUUGGCCGCCAUUUCAUCGCGAACCCCGAUCUGCCCAAGAGACUUGCUGAAGGUCUCCCAUUGAAUCCUUAUGAUCGCAACACCUUCUACGGGGCCGACCCUCCCCAAAAGGGAUACGUCGACUAUCCAUUCUACGAGUCAUCGGAAGCUUCAGCAUAAUUCAUUUGACUCAAGCGAGGGAUCCGAGCAUUCUGUUAGGUUUACUUUAGAAAGGCGGUUUCCGAGGCGUAGUGCAUCAUCGAAUGGGGCAGGAUCCUACAGGGCAUGUCAUGGGUCUAGAUAGCAUCUUGCAUAUAUAAAGUUGAUAAAGAUGAGAUGAAAUGAGACUGAUUGAUU